AUGCUCCCCCAAAUCCCCACCAACACCUUCACAACCCUAUCCCUCCUCCUCGCAACCCUAGCAACAAGCACAACAAUCCCCGAAUACGAGCCCCAAAUCCUCUCCAACAUCACCAUCUCCCUCCUCAACCCGGACGACGGCUUCACCCUCGCUGAUAACUCAAGUCUAAACGCGCGCGCCCUGGAAUGCAGCAUCGGGUACACCGCAUGCGCCUACGACUCCAGCCGCUGCUGUCUGGCCGGCCAGAAGUGCUGCGGGAACGGGUACUGCGCGAGGAUAGGCGCGGCGUGUUGCGUAGGCGGCGGGACGUGUCCGGUUGGAUACAAGUGCUGUGAUGGGUCGAAUGGGUGUGCGCCUUGGGGCGGGGAAUGCUGUUCUGGGGGUUACUAUUGUCCGAUUGGGAAGAGAUGUCGCAUAUAUAAGGGGGAGAAGGUUUGUUGUGGUGUAACUGGGUGUGCUGGGGAGUAUGAUGGGAUUGGGUCUGGGGGUACGGUUGGGGAUGUUACGUCGUCGUCGUCGACGACGACGACGACGACGGAGAUUGAGACCGAAAUUGAGACGGCGACAACGACGGCUUUGCCUUAUGUUACGCUUGAGUGGGACUAUUAUUAUACUACCAUCUACUGGACUUACUGGUUCUACUACUGGACUUCUUAUUCCCCCUACACUGUUAGGACGGUUACUUCUACCAUCACGAGUACCAGAUCUAUCUGGUCUGUUUAUGCGACAAACAGCGCCGUAGCAACGUCUGCGCUCAGCGAAAGAUCUUCUAGUUACUCUUUCCGCGCUCCUUACUCGGCGACUUCUCUUGAAAGCUCGACGGAGCCUGUCACUCUGUUCACGGAACCGACUGCCACUGCUCGGGCUGCUGGUUCGUCAGAUGCCACAGAUGAGGCGACUGGAUCGGAUACAGUCACUGAAGGGACUAGAUUGGAUUCAGCCACUGGUGCUGCGGUGAGCAUGGGAGUUAGUGGGACUGGCAUCAUGGCUGCUGUCUUGAUUGCUGCGGUUGGUGGGUUAGCCUUUUGGCUGUGA